AAUCGACAUGAUGCUAGCUUUCAGCAUGGCCACCGCGGAUUUACUGCUCCUCGUAGUCAUCGUAGCAGCUGCUUCCUAUUCCUUCACCAGCGUCCACGCGGGCGCCGCCUGUGCGCCCAAGGAGAGGGACGCCCUCCUGGCGUUCAAGCAAGGCAUCACCAGCGACCCCGGGGGCCUCCUGGCGUCAUGGCAGCCAGAAGAUGAGCAUGACUGCUGCCAGUGGGAAGGAGUCCAGUGCAGCAACCUGACGGGCCAUGUCCUCGAGCUGCACCUCAGAGGGGGAGAUCUGACCGGCGAGAUAAGUCGUUCUCUGCUCUCCUUGCAGCAUCUUGAAUAUGUCGAUGUCAGCAUGAACAACCUCCAGGGGCCGACCGGCCAAGUCCCAGAGUUCCUAGGAUCUUUCAAUAACCUAAGAUAUCUUAACCUCUCUUACAUACCGUUUUCCGGUAGGGUGCCUCCUCAGCUUGGCAACCUCUCAAAGCUGCACUAUCUUGAUCUUUCAAACACUGGUUGGCCGCAGCCCAUGUACUCCACUGAUCUCUCGUGGUUAACACACCUACCUUUGUUGCAGUACCUCAACAUGGAGUCAGUAAAUCUUGGCAUGGUAACUGACUGGCCGUAUGUGGUGAAUAUGUUGCCUUCUUUGAGGGUCCUUAUUCUUGAUGAUUGCUCGCUAGCAAGUGCAAACCAAUCGCUCCCACGCCUUAACCUUACAAACCUUGAGGAGCUCGAUCUCGCCUUCAAUAGCUUUCAACACCCAGUUGCAUCUUGUUGGUUUUGGAACCUAACAAGCCUAGUGCACCUCUCCCUCGAGGACACUGCGCUGUACGGACAACUUCCAAGUACGCUGGGAGACAUGGUAUCCCUUCAAGUACUAGACUUGUCAGAUAAUAGUAAUAACUUGAGCAUGACGACGACAAACUUGAAGAACCUAUGCAACUUGACUGUUCUAGAUCUUGAUGCAUCUCUUUCGUAUGGAAAUAUAACAGAGUUGAUUGAGAGGUUGCCACAGUGUUCAUCAAACAAGUUGCAGGAGUUGCAUCUACAGUCAAACUACCUGGUAGGGUUCCUACCAAGCAUCAUGGGGCACUUGACCAGUAUAGUCACUCUUGAUCUCAGUCGGAACAACAUUACUGGACCUCUCCCAGCAUUUAUAGGGCAUUUUGCACAUUUGAGGACCCUUGACCUCUCUUUCAACCACCUCACUGGACAUGUGCCAUCUAAAAUAGGUCAUUUUGCACAUUUGAGGACCCUUGACCUCUCUGACAACCACCUCACUGGACAUGUGCCAUCUGAAAUAGGUAUGCUAGCUAAUUUGACUACAUUGGAUCUAAGCGGCAAUGACUUGGAUGGUUCGAUCACAGAAGAACACUUGGACGGUUUACGAAGCUUAGAGUACAUAGACUUAUCAAAUAAUCAAUUGAAGAUUGUGGUGGGUUCAAAAUGGCUACCCACGUUUAGACUACAAGAAGCAUAUUUUGCAUCGUGCCAGGUCGGUCCUCUAUUUCCUGCAUGGCUUAAAUGGCAAGUGGAUAUUCUUCAGCUUGAUAUCUCAAACACAGGUAUAAUAGAUAGGCUUCCAGAUUGGUUUUGUAAUACAUUUUCAAAGACCAAAUCCUUGGAAAUCUCCAAUAAUCAAAUCAGUGAUGGCUUGCCAACAAAUAUGGAUAUCAUGUCAUUGGAAGAACUAUUUUUGAGUUCAAACAACCUAACCGGUCAAAUACCUCCAUUGCCAAGAAACCUCAACGUGUUGGAUAUCUCAAGAAAUUCUUUAUCAGGACCCUUGCCAUCAAAUUUUGCGGCGCCAAACCUAGUUUCUAUUACAUUGUAUUCUAAUUACAUCAGUGGUCAGAUACCAACAUCUAUUUGUGAAUUGAGCUUGUAUGCCUUGGAUUUGACCAAUAAUCUUUUUGAAGGAGAACUUCCCCAAUGUUUAAAUAUGUCAGGAAUGGCAUAUCUAUUAUUAAGUAACAAUAGCUUCUCUGGUAACUUCCCACCAUUUCUACAAAGCUGCACGAGUCUGCUUUUUCUGGAUCUAUCAUGGAAUAGAUUCUCCGGAGCAUUGCCAAUGUGGAUCGGGAGCUUCAGUUCAUUGUGGUUUUUACGACUGAAUCACAACAUGUUCUACGGGCAUAUUCCAAACAGCAUCACAAGUCUCACAAAUCUUUGUCAUCUGAAUCUUGCAGCCAACUGGAUAUCAGGAUCCAGAAUUUAAUUGGUGAUUUAUUAAUAGAGACCAAGGGGCAACAACUCAAUUACCGUGGUGCGGGUCUUUUGGAGAUACUGAGCAUUGACCUCUCAUCCAACCAUUUAACCGGUAAAAUUCCAGACGGGAUAACAUCUCUUGAUAGAUU